AUGGAUUCCAAACCACCAACUACUGCACCGCCCAUAGGGCAUGCAUCAACCUAUCCCACUAAACGCCCGCAGGAGAUCUCUAUUCAGGGUUUCCGAAUUUCCACUCAGAAGCUACCCAUCUUAAAAGCAGACCCGAUCGAGAAGAUGACCAAGAAGCUGGGAAUUGCACCCCCUGAAAUGAUCUUUGGCGACAAUUAUGUGAUGAUUGAACAUGAAAAGAGUGGCUGGGGUAUCAAUUUUAACUCCUUCGAUGCUCUUGACCGAGUUGACAAGACUGGUCAGUCGAUGCUGCAAGUGGCCUAUUCGAAAGAAUGGCAGAAGAGCAGGGAAAAAACACAUGAAGGCAUCAAAGAAGUAGUGAAGCCAUUCGAUUGGUCCUACAGCACUGACUACAAGGGCACCUUGAGCCCCAAUGCACCACCAUUUGAAGAAACCUCUAAUCCGAUUCCUAUCGAGCUUCUUACUCGCCCCGAUCCAAUCCUGCUUUUUGAUGAUGUUGUUCUCUAUGAGGAUGAACUGGCGGACAAUGGAAUCGCCAUGCUGUCAUGCAAAAUCCGUGUGAUGCCCGAAAGACUGCUCCUUCUGACAAGGUUCUUCAUGAGACUUGAUAACGUAUUGAUCCGUCUUCGAGACACUCGGGUCUAUGUCGAUUUUGCGACUCGGGAGGUAAUCCGUGAAUAUCAAUCGAAGGAGUGCGAAUACGAAAAUGUGAGACAGAUUCUCGCAAGUACUCGGGGCGAUAUUCCUGCAUUGAUGCGGGAUCCCAAUCGAUUAUCUGAAAUCCUGCCCUUGGUAGAAAAACACUCUGAGCGAGUUGUUUUGGGUGGAUGA